AUGUCAAAUGAUGUUGACACCAAAACAGUAGUUCAAGACACAUCCACAAACACCAAAACAACAAAAAGGAAACGACAUGCACUUGUUAAAAGAUUACAUAAUUUCAUACCCCCAUUCCCAGCAUGGAAAAAGCCUGUCAAGCAAGCUAUUGCAUUGUUGAUUGGUGUCAUUAUGACUCUCAGUGAUCGUUGUCGAGAAGCAAUAGGCCCGGGCUCACUUUUGUGCGCAAUCGUUGUUAUCUUUUAUUUCCCUGCAAGGACAUUUGGUGUUGUACUCGAAGAUGUCAUUUACGGUGCUCUUGGGGCCACAAUAGCAGCUGCGUAUACGAUCUUGGCAAUGUUUUGUGCAAAUCUCGCCCGAGAUCCCACCGAUCCAAUAGCUGUUCAACCUGAAUCCAGUGGCGUUUUGGCAAUCUUCAUGUUUGUUGGAGUAUUUAUCGUCAGCAACAUUCGGCAGCGAAUACCCAGAGCAACGUUUGCAUGUAUCAAUGCGUCCAUCAUGUUUGCAUUUGUGUUGACCGAUGCGUCCUCGAUAAAUGGAUUCACCCCAUCACUUGCGUGGCAAUUUCUCAUUCCCAUUUGUAUCGGAUCAGCCAUUUGUGUUGCCGUAGCGAUGCUAAUAUGGCCUGAAGACAGCAUCACCAAUUACAUGAGUGUGCUGACAAAGGGAUUGGAAGCGCAUAAUGCAUUCUUCAAGGAGCACUCGGAGGCAUUUCUUGGAAUCUCGCCAAUAUCGUCAUCAUCUUAUUCGCAAACAACGCCAACUUCCAGCUCGCUAUCGGUUCUCCAUGAUCGAUUGCAAAACAACACUUUGACGCUGAUUGAUUGCAAACGUGCAGUGCAUCGUGAUAUACUCUUCUCGCGCGUCAAUGGGCAGGAUAUUAGCAAGCUUACUCAAUUGACAAAGACAUUACAGAGUCCUUUGUAUGGUAUCGGUGUCAGCCAUAUUGUAAAGGAUGACAUUUGUAACAGCGAACCGGACCAUGAAGUAGCCGUUUUCAAGGACACCAUCCAAGAGAUCAGUAACAUGUUUGAGCCCCUUGCCGAAGCAUGCUAUGGUGCGACAGCCAACAUCAUUGAGAGAUUGCAUGAAUUUCACGACACGAAGCCUCGUUCAACACUCAACAGCAUUUUAUGGCCAUUCCCAAGACUCUUCAUUUUUAAAAGACGGCAACAACAUGACCUUGAAAAGGAUGGCAAGGCGUCGUAUUCAUCCGUAGGACUUUCAAAUAUUCUUAAUCAAUGCAAAGACGUGGAUUGGUGGCCAGUGGUUGCACCUCUUCAACAACACAGCGAACCUCUUUCAUUGUACGCCGUUUCUUUUUAUCGUCAUCAGCUCAGCAAUUACUGCCAACGUCUCAUUAGCUUGCUGGAGUUUAUUGAACAUCUUGAAAGCACUCGAAAAAGUCGACGACUAUGGAUCCCUUCUCAUAAAGCCAUCAGAAAACGGUUCCAACAAACGCAUCAGGAUGUGAGCCACGAUGGCACAGGUGGCAUGAAUGAAGAAACCUUGGUGACAGGUCUCUCGCUUGUACGCACCAACACUCGUAUCGAUGACAACGAGAUUUCUUAUGAACAACAACCACGAAGGCCUAGUACGCUAUUAUCGACAACGUCGCAUAGCACUCCUCGUAAAACCACCAUGUACUACCGCGACCCUGACGUUGAUCCACCAACAACACGUAUGCAACGCUUUUGGUUCAAGAUGCAUCUACUUUACUCGUGGCUACUUCAACCCCAAACGUUCUUUGCAUUCAAAGCAGCUGGUGGUUGCUGUGUAUUGGCAAUCCCAUUCUAUCUCCCGUGGACAGUGGAUUGGUAUAUGGAAUGGCGUGGCAAUUGGGCUCUUAUCAUUCUCCAAGUAUGGGCAUCAUCAUCCAUGUCUGGUUUAUUCUUUUUCAAUUCUCUGCUGCGUUUUGCUGGUACAGCAUUUGGAGGCAUCCUUGGUAUGCUCGUAUGGGAAAUGACAAGAGCCAAUCCGUAUGGCAUGGCGGUGGUCCUCUUCGUUGGCUUUGUGUUAUUGUAUCAUGUUUUCGUCUCCAAGCCAAUGUAUCGUGUGGUGCCUAUGUUAACUGCUGUUACGAUGAUGCUGGUUGUUUUGUACUCCUACAACUUCAAAGUUGGUGUCUUUCAAGGGAAUUGGCCAGUAUACACCAUCGCUGGAAAGCGUGUGCUGCUUGUUAUUAUUGGCUUAGUAGCUGCAUCCAUUAUCACCAUGUUUCCUGCUCCCAUGACAGCUCGCGUGGAAUUACGCAAACGGCUCGCUCAAACACUACGAAGUAUCGGUGGCAUGUACAGCAUCCUAGCUUCUCAAAUCCUUAUUCCAGAGACAGCAACCAUGACAUCCACUGAAGAACAAGCCAAGGGAUUACGUCGCCUAGCACUUGAACUCCAACGCCAGAUUGCGGAUGAACGCAGCUUUUUACAGUUAUCCAGUUAUGAGCCGCCAUUACGUGGUCGAUUCCCAAAGGAGAAUUAUGUGUCUGUUUUACAGCAUGUUAGUACAAUGGCAGACUUGGUUUAUUUGAUGGGCACUGCCACCAAUGAAAUGCAAGCUCAUGUAAGGCAACAAAUUGCAGAAGCAAUGGCUGAACACCGAAGAGACUAUGCAGCUUCAAUUGUCACCAUCAUCAAACUACUUGCAACAACCCUAUCCUCCAAAAUGGCCCUUCCAGCUUAUAUGAUUGCCCCGGAAGAAGCACGCGAGCGAUACGCACGAGCUCUCAAGAAUAGGAUUACCAUAAGGCCUGACAACAUCAAUCACCCAUCUUUCUUUUGUUACAGUGCGUAUGUUGUCACAAGCACUGCGUUUGUCCAAGAGCUUCAGAACUUGCUUGAGGUGGUCGAGAGACUUGUUGGCGUUGAAGAUCCCCAAGAAUGGCUUCGCAUGCAUAUCCAAUAG